AACAUGAACCUCGACUCUCAAGGCUAUUCUAGAGAAUACCUUCCGCGACGACUUCAAUGCUUGCAAGUCGCGAUGGCAGCGCUGCAUUGACGAAAAAUGAGACAAGUUUGAAAGUUUUUUCCUGAUUAUAAUUAAAACGAAUUGCCCGAGAACCUGCCGUGACAAACAAAAUUCCAAUGCAUCAAAGUCACCUUUUGUAUGAGUCUUAUUUCUACACAUUUCAAUUAUUUUGUUUAACAACAAAUAGCAAGCAGAUACACACACACCUGCACAUAGUUCUUCUGCAAAUAUUGCAUAAAUAAUAGAUCUCAAUACGGGCAAAAUGGUCACUGUGAGGAAAGCAGCAAAAACGACAAAGAUACGAGGACCCUGUGAACCAGUAAAUAAGAAACGACUGUUGACCAUGGGCACCGACAUCGAACAAAGACCUUGGACACCGACUGUACGCCGCGGUAAAAUAGCCGCGGAGACUUCUAGUCCGGGACCAGCGUGUGUGCAACUACCAACAUUAGUCGGCAAGAAAGUACCUGACUCGAAGAAACCAGGUGCACCAGCGUUUACUUUUGGACAGAAACAUCGCAGCAAUUUCGAUUCAAUUGGACCGGGGCCAGCGCAAUACGAUGUCACCGGCUUGGGUAUGAAAGGAAAAGCCACUCCUCCAGCAGCGAGCUUACGCAGUCGUCCCAAGGAUAAAACACUCUUCAGGACACCCGCACCUGGCGAGUACGAUGUGGAUCGAGCUGCAAAGGCCGUCAUUGACGCCACGCCGAAGUAUUCUUUCGGACAAAAGCCACCAAAUGAGAAGCCAAA